AUGAUAUGAAUUUUCGCAACUAUAUAAGGGGUUGGCUUAGGAUGUACGUUUCAACCAUUGGCUUCGUUUAGAGAUCAGAACACAGAGAGAGAGAGAGAAGGGGGAAGGCCCUUGCAUUUCUCAUGAACUGUGGAGUCGUAUUGGGGUUCUAUUGUUGGGGUUGGGAGUUUUUGACUGCCCUCCUUCUCUUCUCGACUUAUAUAUCUUCCUCAAUCUUCAUCCUCUAGCUAGCUAGCUUGUUGUAAGUAACCAAGAAUCUCUCUCUCUCUCUCUCUCUCGCUCUCUCUCUCUCUAAAUUAAAAGUUCCGAAUGGCGGAGGGUGGGUGUGAAAAGGGUUUGUUAGAAUAUGGAAGGAAGUCAAGCCCACCGCCUUUCUUGCUGAAGACGUACAUGCUGGUGGAGGAUCCGGCGACAGAUGAAAUGAUAUCGUGGAACGAGGAGGGGACGGCGUUUGUUGUGUGGCAGCCGGCCGAGUUUUCCCGUGAUCUCCUCCCUACACUUUUCAAGCAUAGCAACUUCUCUAGCUUUGUCCGCCAGCUCAAUACCUAUGGUUUCCGGAAAAUUGUGACGAACCGGUGGGAGUUUUGCAAUGACAUGUUCCGAAAGGGUGAGAAAGAGUUGCUGUGUGAAAUCCGUCGAAGAAAAGCAUGGGCCAACAAGCAACAAGCUGCAGCGCCAGUACUGACAGCUGCACCGAACCAAUCAUCAGCAGCAACCGGCCAAGAUCAUCAGUUUGAUGAAGAUCAAAGAUCGUCGUCAACUUCAUCGUCGUCUGGUUUCGGUACUCUGGUCGAUGAAAACAAACGUCUCAAGAAAGCGAACGUGGACUUGAAUUCCGAGCUUAUAAGCAUGAAAAAGAAGUGCAAGGAGCUUCUUGAUUUGGUGGCAAAGUAUACGCAUUCGGAGAAGGAAGAUGAUCAUGACCAGCUGGAAGCUGAUGAGAGACCCAAGUUGUUUGGAGUGAGACUGGAAGUUCAUGGAGAGAGGGAGAUCAUCAUGAAGAGAAAGAGGGCAGAGAUUAGUGAAAGCGCAAGCAUUUUACUUUCUCAACCAUGCAAAUAAAUUUCGUAUAGAUAGUAAUUAAGCUACUUGAAAUCAAGUGGCCGCAGCUUAGAGCAUUAAUAUAUUAGCGAGAAAAAAAAUUAAAAAAAGAAGAAGAAGAAGAAGAAGAAGAGAGAAAAAUAGGUUAAUAAUUAGACUAUAUAUGCAUGGUGUAUUAUUACAGUGUUAGUACUGAAGGAACUGUGAAGAUAGUUCAAUCAAGCAGCAUAUAUAUGUAAAUUUUUAUGUGAGCAAUGCUACACAACUUCAUCAA